AUGUCUGAACUCGAGAAUCUAGACAACGAUUUCGAGACAUAUGUUCACAACUUUGGCGAACCCCAACCGACGGUCGAGAAGCUUGAGGACAUUGCUGCGAAAAGUCUUAGCCACGACGGUUCCAGCUCCGGUCAUAGCCUCACAGAACGAACAACUACUCAGGCCGCUAAUCCAAGUGCACAUGUCGGUGUAGAGGAGGGCUACUACUCCAUUGAAGUCCCCGACCACGUUGACUGGCGAGGUGGAUACGGCCGACGCAAGACUCAGGACUUCGGGUUUCCCGGAGCGCGCAUCAAGCCUGGCUCAACAUUCAUGGCUUACAAGAAACCACUUCAGGACCGUAAUAAUUGGAUCAAGCGCGCUUGCGGUCACUUCUCGACUAUAUCGGCAAUCGAGCCUCGCGAAGAAGCUGCAAGAAAGCCGUGUAGCCAGUGUCGUGCCGCAGCACCCCCACUACCUAUGACGCCGAAGCACCAUCACUCAAGGAGGCGAGCCGCAAGCGACUCCUCUACCGGCAGCGCACAAAGCUUCAGGAAGGACAGCAGGUGCCGUCGGCAGCAUCAUUCGGCGUGCGUCUCUGGUGACAAACGUGGAGACACCUUUACUCAAGAUUUGGGAUACGCCAUCGACUCUAUCCUCGGAGAGCAUCAGAAUACUCUGCAGAAAAUCAUCAACAAUAUCAAGAUUAGCCGACCGAACCUUGCACAACAUCGACAAGUCUCGGAAGACCCUCAACCGCCCUGCCCGCAAAUAUCGCCCAGGGCUGCUGAGAAGCUCAAUGUCGGAGCGCCGGGCCAGCUGGGUCCUAACAUGAAUGAUGCGCUGCCAUGGCUACUUGACAGCGUAAAAUCUGGUCCAGAACUUGUAAACCUAGUCAACUCUGCUGCCGACGAUCUGGGUAUAGAUCUUGAUCUAAAGUACACUGCGGAAGACGAUGCCAAGUUUGAGGCAGCGCCGGUCGAGUGCUCACCCGAAUGCUCACCCGAACGCUCACCAGAACCCUCCACUAUGUCAAGGCACAGCUCGGUGGUAGAGCCUGUGGUCGAAAAGUUUGAUGAAGAAGAGUUUCAUGCACCGGACUUGCGGACGGCGACUAUUUUAGAGUCGGAGAAAACGCAAGAGACCGAAGACGCGUGGCUACAGAAGGCCCGUAAACAAUUGACCCAGCUUUCUGAAACGCGGAGUCAACUCAUGGAUGAGCUCGAUGUAAUCGCCGACGAUCUUGGUAUUCAUCUUGAUGAUCGUCGUCGAUCCUCGACAUUCAUCGACCCCGUCGAGCGUGCGCUUAGCAAAGUGAAUAACAAUCUUUUCAGAAAGUCGACUCGCCUUCGGAACAAGUCCGUUGAUUUCGUUAUCGAAAAAGUACCGAGGAUGAUCGACCAGGGAGUCAACGAGAGGCGAUUGAGCAAGGUUCUUACUCGCAUCUCAACGCAGUCUCGGCGAAUGUCGAUCAUCUUACAAGGCCGGCUAGAGGUUGAAGCCAUACCGCUAGAAAAAAUUCAAGCAUGGCUUGAGUGCGCACAAAACGAGCUGCCCGCUGCUAUCGACUGUAUCACUGCCGUCAUGGAGUCCUUACCGGUGGUUGACCUUGCGCCAAGACUUGAGACCGAGGCAGUUGAAGCUUCUAGAGACGCAGAAGAGCAACCAGAAGUUGUGGUUAACGUGGCUACGCAACGUCAGACCGAUCAUCUCCGGGAGGUUGAAGAGCAGUCGCAAUAUGCCGUUGACUUUUCACCGGAGCUUAGGAGCGAGGAAGUGGAGUAUCGUGAAGAGCGACCAGAAUCUCCCAUAAGUCUUGCACUAGAACCAGAUAUCUCUGAGAUUGAAGAAACUGCUCAGGCUGAAGAACAGCCGAUCUAUGCAUUCGACAUCGUGACUGGACUUGGGACGCCGGAACUUGAGCCGGAGCUUGAUUACUUCCAACCUCCAGUUGUCCACGAAAUGACGGCUAGGCGAUCGAUUGAGCAAUACCCAAGCCCAGAGCCCGAGCCGGAAAUUGAUUACCAAGCACGAAUCGUUCGCAACGUGACAAUAAAGCAAUGUACUGAGUCAACGCCCGAAUUGGAGGUUGAUGAUUUUCGAGUCCCAGUAGUUUUGAUAACGAGGCGGGCCGCUGGGCUGGAAAGAAAAGCAACUUAUAUACCAACCACGGCGCUUGAAAACAAAGAAGUCCCCUCACCACAACGGGCUGCAACUUCGAGAAGGAUCCUGGAACAGCAACUGACCCCGUCGCCGGAAGAGCUAAUGGAAGAACGAGUUGCAACCCGUCAACCAAAUGAAUUGGAAACGGAACAAGCACCACCGGAGGAGGAGGAGGAGGAGGAGGAGGAGGAGCCAUUAUCACGACGAGCCUCAACCGCCAUCUCGCGGCAGAGCACAUAUGACCAACCGACUGAGGUCGAAAGGAAGGCAACACGAGUACCCAGCGAGCGAGCACCUCCGGUAGAGGAGGAACUUGUUGAACGACUCGCGACUGGCAUAUCAUGUAAGGGCCCGCCUGAUCGACCACCUGCUGGCCUAAUCCAAAAGAACGUGGAGCCGGAAUUAGGAGCAGAUCGAAUCUCUUCUCCUUCCACACAAUCCUCUGUGCUCAAUGAGCCGUUGGCUGUUUUAGAUGUCUACCACGGCCAUCCGGCUCCAUCAAUUCUGGACUCACCUCAAGAACCAAUUCGCGCUCCAGCCCGCAACGAAAGGAUCCGUUCUCGACGUCAGCUUACCGUUGGAGAUGUCCCGCUUGAUGAGAAAACAGUGAGGAUUCAAGAUGAGCCUACAGCAUUCUACACACCUCCUGCAAUUUGUUCAAGACAGCCAAGUAUUUCCACACCCGAACGGCAGCCAACAGCACCUCCACAUGAGGCUGAGCACGCUCCGAACGAGACUCUAGCCGCACCAGUGAUUCGCAUUGCGGAACGACGCACAGUUCUUGCUGAAGAAAUCCUAGACCAGGAGUCUGGUAGGCUUGAUAGGCCUCUUACUGCCGAGUUGUCUCGACAUCCGCAGUCAUUUGAACCUCCAUUAGAACGCGUAGCAACUGCUGUGCCUAGAAAACAGCGAAACACAAUCCCUCGUGUGCUGGCUGUGUCUGUAGAGAAGCAAAGGAAACCUAGUUCAGCGGCUCCAGGGAUCUUUGCCCCUCCCACUCAGUAUGCACCGAAGAAGAUGACGCCCACUGCUCGCAAAGGCAAGUCCAAGAUACCCGUCUACGGUGUUAACCUCCCACCAGAUCAACAACGACCUCCAGCCCCUGAAUAUCCAGUACGAGAUACUCCAACGUGGACCAAGCCAGACACGCACACACCGCCUCCUAAGCCCAAAGAGGAGCCGCCGACUAAGUCAAAACCAGGCUUUUUUAGGUUCGGCAGCAAACCCAAAGCUGACCCUCGGCCGGUUUCGCGUGUUCAGCGUGAGUACUCACCUGAACCACCAGCACAAAGGGACCGUGAGCCAGUCCAACCCUUUCGAUCCGCGGCACCAGGAUCGACACCAGGAUAUCCUGGGGGAACGCUACAAAGGCCAAAAGGGAAUAAAACCGCACCUGAACGAGAUCCCAUCUCCCCUGCCCGAAAUGUGGCUCCACCCGUCCCUGUCUACUCCCCUCCUCGUCGAAGAGACGAUCUUCUUCCCCAACAAACAACAACCUCCGCUAGGAAGGACGACUACUACCUCAGACUCCCACCUCUGCUUCCUUCACGACGAGGCUCCUGUUCUAGACCAGGAUCAGCGCAUGUUCGAGGAGAUGUCUGCUCUCAGCCUCCACCCGCUCCAGCUAGAAGACAUGUCUACUCGCAACCUCCUCCAGGACCAGUUCUACGAGACUUCUACCAACCACCUUCUCCAUCAGCGCUUGUUAGACGAAAGAGCUAUGCAAAACCUCCAUCACCCCGACACGAGUCUCCUCCGCCAGUUUACAGGCAGCGUCCUUCCCGGCAGGACUACGCCCCUCGCAACGAAGUUAAUGCGCGACCCCUUCGUAGCCAAGCGCCGAAAUUCCUUCGCUAUCAACCUCAAACGCAACAACACCUUCGUGACAAAGAGAAGGCCGCUUCUAGGCGUGAAGCGCCUCCACAUGUUCGUCGGGCGUCGACUGACAAACAACCCACUCGCCCGCUAUCAGUUCCGCAAGAGGCGACUAAGCCAGAGCCUGUCCGCCAGGACGCCCGACGUGGCCGGACAAGGAGCAGGACGUUAGAAAUGUUGGUUCAAAAAGCUCCUUCGACGCAAAGCGGCAAUAUCGGGCGCCAGCCAUCCAGCUCGGCAACGCGAGGCAGUCAGGCACCGCAGGCAGAGGAGUGUUCGCAAGAAAACUUCGGACCUGCCGUCUCCGAAUUCGAUCCCAGAGAAGGAGACGGUGAUCUUGGACUCAGACAAAUUACGGACGGUACCACUGAAGAGAGCAGUAGACCCUCCAUCAAGAAGAAAGCUUAUACAGAGCGAAACGCUACCGCCAGAACCACUCCCCCGCGCGCGAGUACCUUUUCAGCCCUCGAUGCAGCGAGACGAAUCUCUGCAGCGGGUCAUGCCCUCAAGCUCAACCCCGAUGAUGCGCUCCUCAAACCGCUCUCACCAGUUGAGGCAGCAAGAACGAUCUCGGCAGCGGGACACCGCAUCAAAUCACGAUCAAGUCGAAGCCCAGAGGGCUUUCGAUCGGGCUCCACAACGGUGCGAGCGGGUACCUCAAGGGCAGGAACCCCUAGGACGGGAACUUUACGAGGGCAAUCGAAGGGAAGUUCAGUCGCGCCGACAGCGGAAAAGUUCUCGAGAGCGACAAUUGGUGGACACGUCUCGCGAAGAGCGUCCGCGGUCGGGGAAGAGGCGAGAAAGACGCGAAAGAUUACAGGUAGACAUCCGUCAACAGCGCACGGCGCAAGAUCACCAAGAACACAACAGAGCAGGUGGCGAAGCGCAAGUGAUGCAACGAGAGCAAUGGGUUUCUCAGGAUCCUCCGUCGGUGGUACCACGCGCGGUCCGUCAGGACCGGGAAACCCCCUCAGUGAGGCUUCAUCGGCAAGGGUCACCCCAAAGUCGUUCUCACGAGACGGAGGUCCCGAACAGUACGUCCAGAAAAUCCGAACAAUAUCUGAGGCAGUAAUGGAUUCCCCACGAACGCCAAUACAACAGCACCGUGGACCAAGCGUUCUCUCGCGAGAGACCUCCAGAGCAGACGUACCGCGCAGUCAAUCAUCAGUCCGGUCAUUACCCGUACCAGAGCCGGCAGCAGCGGAUGAUUCAUGGCUACAGCCCCCAGAGCAGCAGCGUGCUGACGCCAAGCGAAGACAGAUCUUCCUCGCAGCGAGCCCGGCCCCAUGGACAGAUUCGCCAACAAGACAGAAGAGCUUUUGGGGACGAAGAAAUAAGUCGGAGUCGCCGCCGCCGCGAGACAGGAAGAAUGCAGGAGCUGGGGAUGAGCCACGAGGAUAUGCUCGAGAUGGGUCGACUGGUGGAACUGGACAGACAGGGGAGGAUGGUGGAGGCCAGCGAAAGGGAUACGGGGAGAAGGAGAAGGUUGGAGCGAAUGUUGCGGCGGGGCAGGGGAUGGGUCUAGGGUUGCGAAGAAGACUGUUCGAAAAGUGGGCGUGA